AUGCUAAUCAAGUGCUCGUCACAAUUCGCUCGUUCAAGUAUAAGUAAUAGAAAGAUCAUCCAAACGCGAAAGAUACACCCUAUUCAUCAACAAAUGUCCAAACGUGUACUCAUCACUGAUUUUUUCCGCAAUAAGUCUGACUCCAAUAAAAAGAUAAAGGUACUGAAUAGAGUUAGAAAUGAACCUUUAGUCCCUGAAGGUCGGACUGCAAUGGAAUCUGCCAAAGAAGAUGGAGAACCAGUGGAAAAUGAUCAACCAGUCGAGAAGGUUCAAGAAACCACCACAUCUUUAAUUCCUUCUGAUAAGUUACCCGAGUCUGGAGGUUACGCUGAAUUUUGUAAGGAGCACCACUUUGAUAAAAUUGCAUGGAUCAAGUCAUUGACCACUGAGCAACGAGAAAUUUUGCAACUAGAGAUUAAUCAUUUACACGUAACGUGGCUUGCUUUUCUUCACAAAGAAUUAACGAAACCGUAUUUUAUAGCUUUGAAAAAGUUUUUGAAAUCCCAACUGAACAAGACUAUAUUCCCUCCCAGUGACAAAAUAUAUUCGUGGUCACAUUUGACUCCAUUACCAAAUGUCAAGUGCUUAAUUUUGGGACAAGAUCCUUAUCAUAACUAUAACCAGGCCCAUGGGUUAGCAUUUUCAGUGUUAGAGCCAACCCGGCCACCACCAUCUUUAUUGAACAUUUACAAGACAUUGGCUAUUGAUUAUCCACAAUUUCAAAUUCCAGAUUACAACAAAUUAUCAAAGGAGGGCAAACCCGGUGGCGGUAAUUUGACAAAGUGGGCCGAAAGAGGGGUAUUAAUGCUAAAUGCGGUUCUUACAGUUGAAGCGCAUAAAGCCAAUAGUCAUGCUAAUCAAGGAUGGGAAUUAUUCACGGAGCAAGUAAUCAAGGUUGCUAUUGAUUACCAUAGUAAAAACAAUAAGGGUUUUGCUAUUAUGGCAUGGGGAUCUCCCGCUCAGAAAAGGGUAGCAAAGUACAGCAAACAGUUAAACGAUAGUAAUCACUUCUUGGUUUUGAGAACUGUUCAUCCUUCACCAUUAUCUGCUCAUAGAGGGUUUUUUGAUCUGAAAGUUUUUUUAAAAUGUAACGAAUGGCUAGCCAAACAUAAAAAGGACAAAAUUGACUGGGGUAUUAUUGACGGGAAUAUAGUAGAAUGA